AUGACCGAGGUGAAGGCCAAGGAGCCCAGAGCGCCUCCGCCCGCCAGAGACGGGGCGGUCCUGCUGCAGGGCCAGCCCGGCCGAGACCCCUUCCGCAGGGAAGCGGAGGCCAUCGAAAUCUCCCUGGACCGGCUGCUCUACCCCAAGAGCAGCGACGAGGAGGAGGAGGAGGAAGAGGAGGAGGAGGAAGAGCCGCGGCAGCAGCAGCAGCCGGGGGAGGAGGACGAGGACCGGGACUCCGUCUCGUACCGGCCGGGGAGCGGCUCCCUCUCGGACAAGGACUCCCUGGACACCGUCCUGGACACUUUCCUGGCGCCCGCGGCUCAUGCCGGCUCUGCCGUGGCCGCGACGCCCUGGUCCUUCUUCGGGGCGGAGGCCGCGGAGGCGCCCGGCGUCCCGAUGAGCCGCGGCCCCUCGCAGAAGGAGGGUGAAGCCGCCCCGGGGGCGCCCGGCCCCUCGCAGCCCCCGCCGCGGCCCGCCCCGCUUUGGCCGGCCGGCGACGCUCUGACCGCCGCCGCUAAACCGCGGCCGGCGGGGGCGGGGGUCGGCGCGGAGGGACCCGCCGCAGCCCCCAAGGGCGAGGCCCCCGGGCUGUCGGCGGUGCCCGGCCCGGAGCGCGGCUUCGCCGGCGGCGGGGGCCGGCCGGGAGCGGAGGAGCCGGGGCAGGAGUACCUGCACGUGCCGCUGCUGCCGCUCAACUCAGCCUACCUGGCCUCGCGCACGCGGCAGCUGCUGGACGUGGCGGAGUACGAGGGCGGCGGCGGCGGCGGCGGCGGGGGGCCGCGCUCCUCGCCCCCCGCCCCGGACCUGGCGGGCUACGUCUACCCGCCGGCGGAGGCCAAGGAGGGGCACUUCGCCUACGGCGACUUCCAGCCGGAUCUGAAGAUCAAGGAGGAGGGUCUCGGCCUCCCCACCCCGUACUCGGGCGACAGGGCCACCCCCGCGGCCGGCUGCGCCGACUACCCGCAGCCCCCGCGGGCCGGGCAGGAGCCCUCGCUGGAGUGCGUCCUCUACAAGACGGAGCCCACCCUCCUGGCCGGGGCCUACGGGCCGGCGGCGCCGCCGCCCGACAGCCUGCCCUCCACCUCGGCCGCGCCGCCGGGCCUCUACCCGCCCCUGGGUCUCAACGGGCACCAGCCCCUGGGCUUCCCGGCGGCGGUGCUGAAGGAGGGCUUGCCCCAGCUGUGCCCGUCCUACCUCGGCUACGUUCGGCCAGAUACAGAAACCAGCCAAAGUUCUCAGUAUGGUUUUGAAUCACUACCCCAGAAGAUUUGUCUGAUCUGCGGUGAUGAGGCUUCUGGUUGCCACUAUGGAGUACUUACCUGUGGAAGUUGUAAAGUCUUCUUUAAAAGGGCAAUGGAAGGGCAACACAACUAUUUAUGUGCUGGAAGAAAUGACUGCAUAGUUGAUAAAAUUCGUAGGAAGAACUGUCCAGCAUGUCGCUUGAGGAAGUGCUGUCAAGCCGGUAUGGUCCUGGGAGGUCGAAAACUAAAAAAGUUUAACAAAAUUAAGGUUGUGAGGACAUUAGAUGUCGCGCUCCAGCAGCCAGCAAACCUUCAAGAUGAAAGCCAAUCUCUAACCCAAAGGCUGUCCUUUUCUCCAAAUCAAGAAAUACAGUUUGUUCCCCCAAUGAUAAGUGUUCUACGAGGCAUUGAGCCAGAAGUUGUCUAUGCUGGUUAUGACAAUACAAAACCUGAAACACCAAGUUCCUUGCUGACCAGUCUAAAUCAUCUUUGUGAGAGGCAACUUCUUUGUGUAGUCAAGUGGUCUAAAUUGCUACCAGGAUUUCGGAAUUUACAUAUUGAUGAUCAGAUAACCCUCAUCCAGUAUUCCUGGAUGAGUCUAAUGGUUUUUGCAAUGGGAUGGAGAUCAUACAAACAUGUCAGUGGUCAGAUGUUAUAUUUUGCACCAGAUCUGAUUCUAAAUGAACAGAGGAUGAAAGAAUCAUCGUUCUAUUCCCUGUGUCUCUCCAUGUGGCAACUCCCACAGGAAUUUGUCAGACUUCAAGUUAGCCAAGAAGAGUUCCUGUGUAUGAAAGCACUGUUACUUCUUAACACAAUUCCUUUGGAAGGUCUAAGAAGUCAAAGCCAAUUUGAUGAGAUGAGAACGAGUUACAUUAGAGAACUGGUGAAGGCAAUUGGUUUGCGCCAGAAAGGUGUUGUGGCCAACUCGCAACGCUUCUAUCAACUUACAAAACUGAUGGAUUCCAUGCAUGAUCUAGUGAAACAGCUCCAUCUCUUCUGUCUGAACACAUUUCUCCAGUCCCGUGCACUGAGUGUGGAAUUCCCCGAGAUGAUGUCAGAGGUGAUUGCUGCCCAGCUACCGAAGAUUCUGGCAGGGAUGGUGAAACCUCUUCUCUUUCACAAAAAGUGA